AUGGCAACUUUUGGAUUGCACAAUUUGCCUAAACCAUUAUUUGCCUUUAAUGUCUACAUUUUCUAACUCUUCAUUACUUUGUAUUGUUACACCCACAGGCGAUGAUAAUAAAGGGGAACAGAAACUUGCUGUAGGUGAUGAUAAUAGAUGGAAAUGGAAACUUGCUAUCGAUUUCUUGUUGAAAUCGAACAAAUGUUUAGUGUCACCAUCGUACGAUUUCCACUUCAUUCACACAGGUCUUGGCUGUGGUUUUUUUGGAGGCGUAGUAAUAACAUGCAUUGUGUUCAAAUUCUUCGUUCGGCACAGAAGAGUGCUCAAACAUGCUCGAUCUUCCUCAGUUACAAAUGAGAUAUCCUCUGCUCCGGCUUCACUGACUGAUCAUGGGAAAGGAGGUAACUUCCCUGGAGUGCAUAACUUCACCUAUAAUGAACUUGAAGAGGCCACCAAUAAAUUUGAUUCUGCCAUGGAACUAGGUGAUGGAGGCUUUGGCACCGUGUAUUAUGGCACACUCCAAGAUGGGCGACCUGUUGCAGUCAAACGCUUAUAUGAAAACAACUACAAAAGAGUGGAACAAUUCUGGAAUGAAGUUGGGAUCCUAGCUCAGGUGCGCCACCGGCAUCUUGUAUUACUUUAUGGUUAUACCUCUCGCCACUACCGUGAACUCUUGCUUGUAUAUGAGUACAUUUCCAAUGGAACCGUUGCUGACCAUCUUCAUGGUGAACGUGCCAAACCUUCUUCACUUCCUUGGCUCAUUCAUUUGAAGAUUGCCAUAGAGACUGCAAGCGCAUUGACUUACCUCCAUGCUUCUGAUAUCAUCCACCGUGAUGUGAAAACCAACAACAUUCUCCUUGAUGAGAAUUUUUCUGUUAAAGUUGCAGAUUUUGGAAUUUCUCGUUUCUUUCCAAAACUUGUUACACAUGUUUCUACUGCUCCCCAAGGGACUCCUGGUUAUGUUGAUCCAGAAUAUCAUGAAUGCUACCAGCUGACAGACAAGAGUGAUGUAUUUAGCUUUGGGGUCGUCUUGAUUGAGCUAAUAUCAUCCAAGCCAGCUGUUGACAUCACCAGGCAACGCCAUGAGAUAAACUUGUCUAACAUGGCCAUUAACAAGAUUCAAAACCGAGCACUACACGAACUUGUAGAUCCAACUCUUGGGUAUGAAUCAGAUCAUAAGGUGAAGACAAUGAUAACUGCAGUGGCAGAGAUGGCAUUUCAGUGCCUGCAAGGUAGUAAGGACCUGAGACCAACAAUGGUAGAGGUGUUUAAGGCUUUAAAGGGUAUAGAGAGUGGGGACUACAAUAAUUAAAAGACAGAAGGGAUGAACGUUGCGACAGAUGAAGUUGGCAUGCUGCAAAUGCCACUUUCCUUUAAAUUAAUUUUGCCCCCAUCAAAUUUGGUAUGCAAAAGGGGUAACCUGAAAUGUCCAUAGGAUAUAAUGAAGCACCUUGUUGAUUUGCCGAAGCACUAGCAAGAUCAACCACUAAACUGUCUUUUGGAAAACGACAAAACAAUAAUUUUUAUACAGUGAUUUCUACAGCAAUCUUAAUAAAAAAAAAUGCUAUUU